CGAGGCAGCUUCCCGGAAAACCACCUUGUCUUGAUCAGAAGCUUUAAAAAGAUGCCAGCCAGUGAGAUGGAAAGUACUGUUAUCAUUUUGUUGUGAAGUGUGACAAGUAUCGAAUUCUUAGUUCCGAUUCUUUUCGAAAGUGAAAGAAACUCGAAUUUCUGUAGAAUACAGAUUCGUAACAUGUGAAAAUAAAUGCACGAAAUAUAUGGGAGAAUUUUACUCGUUUCACAUGCUGGAAUCUUUGAAAGUGACUAUUCGAUGGCACCAGGAUUAUCCCAAAACCCUGUGCCAACAAACGAUCUGUCUUCGAAAAUUUACUCAACAGUGAGCAUGCAUUUAGCGAACGUUUCGCGCGAUGACAACCUGUCUCUGAGGACUUAUUCUGAAGUUGGGAAUAUGAAUUUGAGCAAGAAAUCUUUGGAAGUGAUAGGGAUUGUACUAACUGACGAGAGAUCUUUCGGAAAGAAUGUUGGAUCUCCUGACAAUAGAUCAGUGGUAUUGGGGACAAUUUGCUUAGACAAUACUGCUAUGUACUUAGAUGAAUUACGCAGGAAUAUGUGCGUGGAAUUGCCUUGUUUACCUGCGUCAUUCAGCUUCCUGUCAAAGGAAGGGUGGCCUAUUCAUAAACUUCAUGAACAAAAAGUCAGAUCUAGUCAUGUCAUCAGUGAAAAUAAUUGCAUUUUCAUCAAAAAAGAAUUUGAAAAACCAAGAGUUGGCAUCGUCACAUCUGGUGGUGAGCCAGUAGGAUUUGUAUUCACAGAUCUCAAUGUAAAUAUAAAACAGCUUAGAGAAAUCAUGGAACAACAGUUAAAAAUGAGUCAACAUUUGAAGCUGGACUAUAGGUUUGUUGAAAGAAAUGGAUGGCCAGUUAUGUCUAGUCAAGAACCAAUUUUAUCACUUCUUGAUAUAAUGUUAGGUCAAAUUGUAUGCAUACAAAACUGUGAUAGACAGUCCUAUUCAUCAAACAUUGACAAUCCCAGGCCUACAUCUUUAAUGUAUACUAGCAACAAUAAUGCCAUUGAAAGUGCAGCAAAUACACCGACAGAAGGAGUGGGCUUGGAGCAUGAACCUUUAAGUAAAAAGAAAUCUGUGAAAACUAACAAACCUGACAGACAGCCAUCACUCAAAACCCUCAAAAGUUUCAAAAAACAGUCAAAACCAAUCCUAAUCAGCUACGUCAGGGCAGAAGCUGCUCAGUACGCUUUAGAUCUAAAGCGUGAACUUGUUUCCUUAGGAUUCAGUGUCUACUUAGAUGUCCAUGAAAUAAAAACAGGAUCUGACUGGCAGGAUGCACUGAAUUUUGCUGUAACCCACUGCUUCCUUUUUGUUCCUCUUAUCACUCAUAUGUACGGAAAAACCCAGUGGACUAACCGAGAGGUAAAACUGGCUGACGUCCUAAAUAAAAUGAUAAUUCCAGUUAACUUUAUGGAAACGUGGCCCCCUCCAUGCUUAGCUAUUCAAUUUGCCUCCACCCAAUAUAUACCUUGGAAACUUCAAGAAAGUGAACAUGUGAAAUUAGAAGGUGAAAAAUCAUCUGACCACAGGCUAUGGGACUCGGUUAGUCUGAAAAGAGUUGCCAAGCAGAUUAUUGAGUGUUACAGAGAUAACUACUAUAAACUUCCUCAAAGAAAUUUAUCAACGAGGGAAGUUGUUCAGCCUCAGCUACGUUUCAGGAGCACUGCAGUAAAUAAAACUCUUCUUUCUGCUGCGAAAGAAAAUUAUUAUGUGCUAAGUAAGGAUGAUUGUUUUGAUGAAACCAAGCAUUUGAUUGUAAUAAGUGCUCAUCCAAGGCAAAGAUAUUUGGCCCAAGACUUAAAAGCAACAUUUGAAAAAGAUGGCCACGAAGUGUGGUGCUCCGUAGAUUUACUAGGUGUGGUGGCCAACUUGUAUUCUGAAGAAGCUGGAGCAGAUCCCAACACACCAAGAAAUUUACCCACUAUUCAAGAGGGAGAUGUAUUUUUUAGUCAAAAUGAAGAACAAUUUAUUUCAUUAGGCGAUAAAAAAUCUCUCUCUAUGAAAGAACCCGAAACUUAUGGUAGAAGACCACUAUCUCGCUUAAUGUCCCAGUUUAGUGACAUAAGCCUGCCAUCUGCAUUAAGCCAUGAGAAACUUGACAAUCUUCGGACGUUCCAGCAGAAGGUAGAUCAAGCAGCUGUUGUUGUUGUGUUGGUCUCCGAUUCAUAUACAAAAUCUACUUUCUCUCAUCAACAGGUAUUUUACUGUGAGCACAGAAAGCGAGUUGUCCUAGUGAAAUGCGAUAGUGCACCUAUACCUAAAUGGUUCAGGCUAUUGAUGGGAAAUGACAUGAUACCUAAAGUCAAUAAUUCUCAAUUUGAGUGUGUUUUAAAAUCAAGGGUGAAAAGGGCAUUGAACCCCUCAUCGUCAGAAACGCCAAAGGAUGCUACAGCAGAAGCAAAAAUGAAAUACUUGCUGACAUUUCUAAAGCGGAAUUUACCAUUGCAAGAUAUUUGUGUAUAUGUAGUUGGAAGCAGCAAGCUUCAGUCUCAAAGAUCAGAAGAAAUUUGCAGAGCUAUUGGGACAGAGCUUGCUAAAGUUGAAAACGUUUCCCUAGUCACCGGUGGUUUCUGGGGUGCUGCUGAUAUCACUGCAAAAACAUUCUUUGAUUGCCGAGAAAAUAAUGACUGUAGUAAAGAAGAAUCAGCUGUUGUACAUAUACUUCCAAUGCAUGAUUCUGAGGACUUAACAGCUAAAGCUAAUCAGAAUCCAGAUGGUACAUUUGAAGCUCCUCCUUAUGGAAAGACUGUAUUUUUAGGAGAUUCUGUGAAAGAAAGAGAAACCGCUGUGGCACGUCUUUUAGAUACUUGCAUUAUAAUUGAAGGUGGUCCAGGCGUUGUUCACGAGGUUGAGGAAUUCAUUUGGAAUGACCACUUUGUAAUUCCAAUCAUGUCUACAGGGGGAGCUGCUGGUGGGCAAUAUGGAGUUCCAGUCAAAAUAUUUGAGAUUCCUCCCGGAGUCGACACGGCCGACUGGUCUGUAUUGUCCGAAAAGGAAGCCACUCCCGACGCUGUAGCUAAAUCUGUUGUUAAUAUCAUUCUAAGUCUCAAAAAAUCUCUCGCUUCACCAACAUGUACUUUGCAAAAACCCAACUUGCAAGCCAAGCGGAAAUCCCGGAGAAAGCUGAAGUCCCGGAAAUUCAAGCCUCAAGACCAAGACAUGCAGGACAUAGACUUUGUUGUUCCUUCCUCGACUAAAACACCAAUCAUGAGGCAAGUUUAUGACGUCAGAGCCACAUCUGAGAUAUCUCAGUCCAGUAGUGACGUCCCGUCAAUAAUUAGAAGAAAGAAAGCGAGUUGGUGGAAGAGGUUUUUAAAUUCCUUGAAACAUAGGAAUUAGUGUUGUUAUUGUUAGAAAUCGACUUUUUAGGUAUUUUAUUACAUUUGAAGUACUCCAGUUCAAGACCCGAUGAAAAGUUAGCUGUUGGCGAUGUUAUUUAUUGUUCAUGGUAUCCAUUAUUUGUUUUACCUGCUAAGCAUUUAUCAAUUACACAUUUUUAGGCUCUUUCUACUAUGGCAUAGGCGGCUUGUAUGGGGGUGGGAACAACCUCCCCCUCACUUUUCAGAGUUGAAAAUUAAUAAUUGAUUGAAAAAGAUUUUUUACAGAGUAUAUUGAUUUUUCCACCAAAGUAACAACUAAAAAUUCCAAAUAAAUGAACUUUUCUUAUCUUAUUUCAUGAAAAUGGAACUUUAGAUUGGAAGAUGAGUCUGGGGUGGCCAUCCUUCCCGA